CCCUCCUCUCAUCACCGGCCGCGCGUUCAUCGUCGUCCCUCCCUCCGGCGGCUGCGGCGGCGGUUGCGGCCGGCUGCUCAGAUGGCGGGACUCGAGGAGAUCAAGAAUGAGGCCGUCGAUCUGGAGAACAUCCCCGUCGAGGAGGUCUUCCAGACCUUGAAAUGCACCAAGCAGGGCCUCUCCUCGGAGGAGGCGCAGGCGCGCAUCGCCGUCUUCGGCCCCAACAAGCUCGAGGAGAAGAAGGAGAGCCAGAUCCUCAAGUUCCUGGGGUUCAUGUGGAACCCCCUGUCGUGGGUGAUGGAGGCGGCGGCGAUCAUGGCCAUCGCACUCGCCAACGGCGGCGGCGAGCCGCCGGACUGGCAGGACUUCGUCGGCAUCGUGGUGCUGCUCAUCAUCAACUCCACCAUCUCCUACAUGGAGGAGUCCAGCGCCGGGAGCGCGGCUCAGGCGCUCAUGGCCAACCUCGCGCCCAAGGCCAAGGUGCUCCGCGACGGCCGCUGGAGCGAGCAGGAGGCCGCGGUGCUCGUCCCCGGGGACGUCGUCAGCAUCAAGCUCGGCGACAUCGUCCCCGCCGACGCGCGCCUGCUCGAGGGCGACCCGCUCAAGAUCGACCAGUCGGCGCUCACCGGCGAGUCGCUGCCGGUGACCAAGGGCCCCGGCGACAGCGUCUACUCGGGGUCCACGUGCAAGCAAGGCGAGAUCGAGGCCGUCGUCAUCGCCACCGGCGUGCACACCUUCUUCGGCAAGGCGGCGCACCUCGUCGACAGCACCAACCAGGUCGGCCACUUCCAGAAGGUUCUCAAGGCCAUCGGCAACUUCUGCAUCGCCGCCAUUGCCGUCGGCAUCCUCAUCGAGGUCGUCGUCAUGUACGCCAUCCAGCACCGCCGGUACCGCGACGGCAUCGACAACCUCCUGGUGCUCCUCAUCGGCGGCAUCCCCAUCGCCAUGCCCACGGUGCUCUCUGUCACCAUGGCCAUCGGCUCGCACCGGCUGGCCAAGCAGGGCGCCAUCACCAAGCGCAUGACCGCCAUCGAGGAGAUGGCCGGCAUGACCGUGCUGUGCAGCGACAAGACGGGUACGCUCACCGUCAACAAGCUCAGCGUCGACAAGGGCCUCAUCGAGAUCUUCGUCAAGGGCGUCGACGCCAUCGAGGUCAUCCUGCUCGCCGCCAGGGCCUCGAGGGUCGAGAACCAGGACGCCAUCGACGCCGCCAUGGUCGGCAUGCUCAGCGACCCCAAGGAGGCCAGGGACGGCAUCCAGGAGGUGCACUUCCUCCCCUUCAACCCCGUCGACAAGCGCACCGCUCUCACCUACAUCAGCCGCGCCGACGGCACCUGGCACCGCGUCAGCAAGGGCGCUCCCGAGCAGAUCAUGGCCCUCUGCAGCUGCAGAGACGACGUCGUGAACAAGGUGCACGCCAUCAUCGACAAGUACGCCGAGCGCGGCCUGCGGUCCCUCGCCGUCGCCAGACAGGAAGUGCCGGAGAAGCGCAAGGACAGCCCCGGCGGUACAUGGCAGUUCGUGGCGCUGCUGCCGCUGUUCGACCCACCGCGGCACGACAGCGCCGAGACCAUCAAGAGGGCGCUCAACCUCGGCGUCAACGUCAAGAUGAUCACUGGUGAUCAGCUCGCCAUUGCCAAGGAGACGGGAAGGAGGCUGGGGAUGGGCACCAACAUGUACCCCUCGUCGGCGCUGCUCGGGCAGUGCAAAGACGAAGCCAUCGCCUCCAUCCCCGUCGACGAUCUGAUCGAGAAGGCCGACGGCUUCGCAGGCGUCUUCCCUGAGCACAAGUACGAGAUCGUCAAGAAACUGCAGGAGAGGAAGCACAUCUGCGGGAUGACCGGUGACGGCGUGAACGACGCGCCUGCGCUGAAGAAGGCCGACAUUGGGAUCGCCGUCGCCGACGCCACAGAUGCCGCCAGGAGCGCUUCUGACAUCGUGCUCACCGAGCCUGGGCUCAGCGUCAUCAUCAGCGCCGUGCUCACCAGCCGGGCCAUCUUCCAGAGGAUGAAGAACUACACAAUUUAUGCUGUGUCGAUAACAAUCCGUAUCGUGCUCGGAUUCAUGCUCAUAGCGCUGAUAUGGAAGUUUGAUUUCUCACCGUUUAUGAUCCUUGUCAUUGCCAUCCUCAACGACGGAACGAUCAUGACGAUCUCCAAGGACAGAGUGAAGCCGUCCCCACACCCAGACAGCUGGAAGCUGAACGAGAUCUUCAUCACCGGCAUCGUGUACGGGUCCUACCUCGCCCUCAUGACGGUCAUCUUCUUCUGGGCCAUGCGCAGCACCGACUUCUUCACGAACACGUUCGGCGUGAGGUCGCUGCACGGCAGCCAAGACGAGAUGAUGUCGGCGCUGUACCUGCAGGUGAGCAUCAUCAGCCAGGCGCUCAUCUUCGUGACACGCUCCCGCGGCUGGUGCUUCACCGAGGUGCCCGGCCUCCUCCUCUGCGCCGCCUUCGUCGUCGCCCAGAUCGUGGCCACUCUGGUGGCGGUGUACCCCACGAUCCGGUUCGCGCACAUCAGCGGCGUCGGGUGGGGCUGGGCGGGCGCGAUCUGGGUCUACAGCGCCGUCACCUUCCUGCCGCUGGACGUGUUCAAGUUCGGCAUCCGGUACGCGCUGAGCGGCCGGGCGUGGGACACGCUGUUCGAGCACAAGAUCGCCUUCACCCGCAAGAAGGACUACGGCCGGGAGGAGCGGGAGGCGCAGUGGGCGACGGCGCAGCGGACGCUGCACGGCCUGCAGACGCCGGAGCUCGCCGGGAUCCUCAACGAGCGCAGCAGCUACCGCGAGCUCUCGGAGAUCGCCGAGCAGGCCAAGCGCCGCGCCGAGGUGGCCAGGCUGAGGGAGCUCAGCACGCUCAAGGGGCAGGUCGAGUCGGUCGUCAAGCUCAAGGGCCUCGACAUCGAGGGCAUCCAGCAGCACUACACCGUGUGACGCGAUGGUGGCUGGCGAUCGCCGGAUCCGGCCGCUGCCGCCGCCACCGCCGCCACCCCGUGCCCCGUCGCGCAUUUUCAGCGACGGCACGGCGCCGGCGUCGCCGCCUGUAAACUGAAUUUCGUCCUAGGCUGUCUUGCUGAUGAUUAACGGCGCAAGGCUUGUCUUAAGUACGUUGGUUUUGGCUUAUUGCAGUUUGUUAACACUUGGGAGGUGUAAAAGCUACAUGUGUAACAGCACAGUUUGUUUGCCACAAAGUGUAGUAUAUUUCUGAAUAAACUGGGAAAUAACAGCAGAGACGCAAAUGCAAUGGCUGUGAUGAA